ACUUUGCGGUUAUCUAUUUAUUUUAAUUGCAUUGCAUUGUGAAAAAAAUUUGGUACUGUGCAUGUCUGAUGUCAUACAAGGUCUAUCAUUGUUGAAUUUCAAAAUAAUUGGAAAUGAUAAAACCUUCUACUAUCGAUGUUCUACUAAUCCUAAAUGCAAAUGUUCCAAUAUUACUGAUGAAAUUUUAGCCGACUGUUCCGCCUUAAAUUUAACAAAAUCUCCAUAUUUUGACGAAGGAGUUGUGUCGGUUAAUCUCAGUUGUAAUUUGCUCACAUAUCUUCCAGAAGAAGGAUAUUUACCGGCAAAGCUGAAAUAUUUAGAUUUAGCAAAAAAUAAGAUUUCAAAAUUCAGGAAAGAAGAGUUUGCUCCAUUUUCUACUACACGCAAUAUUAUAAGCUUAAAUUUGUCCAGCAAUUUAUUAUCGCUAGAUGUUGAUACAUAUCCCCCAGGAGUAUUUCAUAAUCUGAAAUAUUUACAGUAUUUAGAUAUUUCAAACAAUUCAAACGAAAACAAGCAAUAUUAUUGUCCAGACGAAGCAUUUCAAGAUCUUUCUUCUCUUCAAAGUUUGUUAAUCGAUGGAGUUAAAAAUGUAACGUUUGGCAAAGGAUUUUCUACUCUGAAUAAUCUCACCUUACUGAAAGUAACUGGAAUCGCUGCGAAAGGUAGCAUAAGCAGAGAAUAUUUUGACAAUUUCCCUAACCUGGAAUACCUCGAUAUAUCCGCUACAACAGAGUGGCGCAGAAUUAUUGACUUUGCCCUUACAAUAUUUGAAAAGGGUGCACUACUGAAGCUUACUAAAUUGCAGUAUCUAGACAUAUCAUAUCAUCGAAAACUGCGUAUGUGUGGGUUUAAAAAUGUGACGUAUGACCUUCCAUACACUUCAAUCCGUAUACUUAAAGCAAAUUAUCUUGAAUGUGAAAGAUCAGUAAGUACCGUGUUAUUUGUUGAUGAUAUAAAGCCUUUGAAUUCUACAAAGCUUGAAGUAUUAUUUCUUGAUGGAAAUAAUCUAGAAGAAACUGAUCUCUAUGUACCACGAUAUCUACCACAGUCUUUGCACUAUUUCAGCGCUAGAGAUAAUAGAUGGGUUGUUUCUAGAUAUGCUUAUUAUUACAUUCCUGGAUUGAGUGGUAUCAAAACUGUUGAUUUAAGUUUUCAAAAUAAACAUCAGAUGUCGCAGUCAAAAAAUUCCUGGUAUUGCACCGAAUAUUAUCAUGAAACUUCACACUGCGUAUGUGAUAGACUACCGAUUCAGGCAAAUAAAAAGGUCAUUCACUGGAAUCAAAAUGAAGAAAUUUCAUAUUUUACAAACAACUUAAAAUAUAGCCAAUUGAUAACAGCAUGCAUUCCAUACACUUAUGCGAACUUUCAAUUUGUAUUGGUUCCUCCAAAUACAGAAACAAUCAUAAUAGAAAGUACAAAAAUAGGAGACAAUAUACCACCUGUUUAUUUUAGUUCAUCUUCUGUGAAGAAAAUUUUACUGCAAAACAAUCAGCUUUACUCUUUUACAGGCCCAAUAUGUAAUUUAACACUGCUACAAUAUCUUGAUUUGUCCAAUAACAGAGCUGUUGAUAUAUCAAGCUAUGUCUUUGGUUCCCUAGUAGGCCUCAAACACUUAGGAAUCGACAACAACCUACUGGGUUAUUCCAACAUUUUUCAGGAUAACAGUUCGGUUUGUAUUUUUGAAAAUCAAACCAACUUGAUGUUUCUUAACAUGUCGUCGAAUCGAAUAUCGAUUUUAUUCAAGAAUUUUCUGUUCAGGGCAUCUAAACUGAAGACUCUUCUAUUAGACCACAACUUACUUACGGACUGGAAUAUUUCUAUUCAUCAUAUGGAAGACUUAAUGUUUAUAGAUAUAAGUUGGAAUCAGAUAUUAUAUUUGUCUAGUGACGGCAUGAAUUUACUUGAAAAAGCCUUUCAUUUGAAUAUCACAAUAGAUAUGUCGCACAACCCCUUUGAGUGUUCUUGCGAUUCAAUGAUUUUUUUGAAAUGGCUUGAGUUGCAUAGAAAGUAUUUAAAAGGUUUUGGUAAUUAUUCAUGCAUAUAUUUGCAUAAAUCAAUAAAUAUAUUUGAAGCAAACUUUCAUUUGAAAAAGGAUUGUUAUUCAUAUGUUGGAGUAAUUGUUUCAGUGACAAUAGGAAUUAUUGUCUUUCUGGGAACUAUUUGUUCUAUGAUUAUUUACCGAAAUCGAUGGAAAUUACGAUACUGGUAUUAUGUUUUGAAAGGAAAAUAUGGUAUAGAUCAUGAUAAGACUGAUGGCAAUUUUCAAUUCGACGCUUUCGUAUCUUAUGCUGAAAAUGACAGAUGGUUUCCGAAAGAUUAUAUGAUAGACUUUCUCGAGAAACAUAAAGGAUUGCGCUUGUGCAUUCACCACAGAGACUUUAUCGCAGGAAGUGCCAUUGCUGAAAAUAUAACAAAUGCUAUCCACAACAGCCGGAAAUUUGUCUGCAUUCUCACAAAUAAUUUUCUCGAGUCAAAAUGGUGUAUGUAUGAAUUUAAUAUAGCGCUUGAGGAUAUUGUAGUCUCAAGACAAGGAAGAAAUAGCAUAAUUAUUGUUCAACUAUUGAGAACAGAAAUAACAAAAAUUCCUCGAGAAAUGAGGUAUAUAAUGAACGAUGACACUUACCUUGAUUAUCCAGAGGACGAAGAAGACAGGGUUAUCUUUUGGGAAAGUUUUGAAAGAGAUUUGAAAUUUUAGUUCGCAACAGAUAUGUUUUAAAUCGUUUUAAACAAGAACAAGUUAUGUGGACUAUAACCAGUGUCAACAGAGACGUUUGAGAUUAUAUAAAGCAGUGUCAUAAAUUUGUAUUUGGUUGAUUUGAGUAAAGGUCCAUUAAUCAAAUCUGCCUUACUACGGCUUUGCCCUUUUUAUACAAAUACUGCUCGAACAGAAGAGGAAGAACGACUGCAUUCGACCUUACCGAUGUUAACCUAUACUAUGUGUCGGUGUUUCAACUCACUACCGAAAUGUUUUCACGAUUUUAUGUACCAGUAAAGUAGUUUUAUAUGUAA